AUGGGUUUGCAGCAAGAACCUAUGUUAUCAGACAAAACUGACCAGAAUAAAGAAACACCAGUAGUAACAAGUCAACCAGUAACUAUAAUUCCUUUACAAGACCAUCCAACAACUUUGAAAUGUCCCAACUGUCAUCAAGAAAUUGUAACGAAAAUUAAAUAUCGUAAUGGUAUGCUAACUUAUGCAGCCUGUACAGGUUUAUGCAUAGUUGGGUGCUUCUGUGGCUGUUGUUUCAUUCCAUUUUGUGUAAAAGCAUGUAAAGAUGUUGAUCACAAAUGUCCUGAAUGCGAUCAUCACAUUGGAACAUAUCGCACGUUACAAGAAAAAUAUCUUAAAUAA